GGAGAAGGUUGGGCUGAGGCAGAGAGAACGAGAGGGAAGAAGAGGGGCGAGCAGAGCGGAGGAGGUUGGGGAGCGGCAGAGAGCGGGUUGACUGUACGGCGGGCAGCCCGCGGGAAGAAGGAGGAGGCGGCAGAGGGAGUCCCGGGGAAAGGGACGGACGGAAGCCGAGAGGAGGCAGUUGCAGAGGGCUUCUGUGAGCGCUAAGAAGGAGAAGAAGAUGGCGGACGGGGAUAGCGGGAGCGAGAGAGGGGGCAGCAGCGGAGGAGGGGGAGGCCCCGGCGGCUUCCAGCAGCACAUGUCCCGGGAGCAGGAGACGCAGGAGCUGGCCUCUAAGCGGCUGGACAUCCAGAACAAGCGCUUCUACCUGGACGUCAAGCAGAACGCCAAGGGCCGCUUCAUCAAGAUCGCAGAGGUCGGCGCCGGGGGCUCCAAGAGCCGCCUCACCCUCUCCAUGGCGGUGGCCGCCGAGUUCCGCGACUACCUGGGCGACUUCAUCGAGCACUACGCCCAGCUGGGCCCCAGCAGCCCCGAGCAGAUCGCGCAGUCCUCCGGGGACGACUCCGGGGCCGGGGGUCCUCGCCGAGCCCUGAAGAGCGAGUUCCUGGUCCGGGAGAACCGCAAGUAUUACCUGGACCUGAAGGAGAACCAGCGCGGCCGCUUCCUGCGCAUCCGCCAGACCAUCAACCGCGGGCCGGGCUUCAGCGGAGGCACCGGCGGGGGAGCCGGCCUGCAGAGCGGACAGACCAUCGCCCUCCCCGCCCAGGGCCUCAUCGAGUUCCGCGACGCCCUGGCCAAGCUCAUAGACGACUACGGCGGGGAGGACGACGAGCUGGGCGCGGGGCUGGGCCCCGGGGGAGGAGGAGGCGGCGGCGGCGCGGCCGGGGGCAUGUACGGGGAGCUGCCCGAGGGCACGUCCAUCACCGUGGACUCCAAGCGCUUCUUCUUCGAUGUCGGCUGUAACAAGUAUGGCGUGUUCCUGCGGGUGAGCGAGGUGAAGCCCAGCUACCGCAACUCCAUCACCGUGCCCCUCAAGGCCUGGGGCAAGUUCGGCGGCGCCUUCUGCCGCUACGCCGAGGAGAUGAAGGAGAUCCAGGAGCGGCAGCGGGACAAGCUGUACGACCGCCGGGGGCCCGGGGAGAGAGGCGGCGGCCUGAGCUCCGGGGGCGGCGAAGACUCCGAGACAGAAGACGUGGACGACGAUUGAGCGGCCCGAGGAAGGCAGAGGAGAGAGCGGGAGGGGGGAGGGCCGUGCUGCCCCCACUACAUGUCCCAGCAUGCCCUGCUCACACACUGGCACCUGCAAAUCCCAGCAUGCCUCUGUGCAAACUGAGACUUGUGGGACUGCAAAUCCCAGCAUGCCCUGUGUAUAGUGAGAUUUACAGGACUGCAAAUCCCAGCAUGCCCUGUGUAUAGUGAGAUUUACAGGACUGCAAAUCCCAGCAUGCCUCUGUGCAAACUGAGACUUGUAGGACUGCAAAUCCCAGCAUGCCUCUGUGCAAACUGAGACUUGUGGGACUGCAAAUCCCAGCAUGCCCUGUGUAUAGUGAGAUUUACAGGACUGCAAAUCCCAGCAUGCCCUGUGCAAAUUGAGAUUUGAAGGACUGCAAAUCCCAGCAUGCCCCAGUGCAA